AUGCCGGGCUCCCUGGCGGCGCGCCUGCGGCAGGCGUUGGGCCGGCUGCCGGCGCGGCACGGCGCCACUGGCGCAGCCGGCGCUGCGCUGGCCAAGCGGCCGGGGGCGGCGUUGUUGGCGCUGGCAGCAGGUGGCGGCGUGGGCGUGGCUGCGUGGUGCGAAGAGAAAAAGCAGGUCGUCCGGUGCGGCGUGUGGAGGGAGCUCGAGGACCUGACCGCUGCAGAGUCAAGCAAAUCAGCCACCGGCAGAGUAGUCUUGGUCACGGGAGCAGCCGGCUUCAUCGGUUACCAUUGCGCACUUGCGCUCAAGAAGCGUGGAGACGGUGUCAUCGGCAUAGACAAUUACGUCCCCUACUACCCAGUGAGCCUCAAACGGUCUCGCGCUGAGGAUCUCAGGAAAGAAGGCGUCUACGUGUUCGAGGCGGACAUCAACGAACGGAAUUUCUUGAACCACAUCCUCAAGGAGUACAAGGUCACACACAUUCUUGCGCUGGCGGCUCAGGCUGGCGUUCGCUACGCGGCCAAGGACCCGGCCUCAUAUGUGGCCUCCAACGUGGCCGGCUUCGUGAACAUCCUAGAGGCCGCGCGCCACGCAAGCCCAAUGCCCAGAAUCGUGUACGCGUCUUCCAGCUCUGUUUAUGGCCUCAAUACCAAGACCCCAUUUUCUGAGGACGACAUGGUGGACCGUCCCGCGAGCCUUUACGCCGCCACGAAGAAGGCCAACGAGAUGAUGGCACACACGUACAACCACAUCUUCGGCAUCUCGAUGAUAGGGCUGAGGUAUUUCACCGUCUACGGUCCCUGGGGCCGGCCGGACAUGGCCGCCUUCUCUUUCACGCAGAAGAUCGACCAGGGAGAGGCCGUGAAGAUCUUCCAGGGCCCUGGAGGCACAGAGCUCAUGCGCGACUUCACGUACAUCGACGACAUCGUCGCUGGCACGCUGGCCGCCCUGGACACCGUCGCACCCUCCACCAAGGAGACGGCCCAGUGCACUACAUACAACCUCGGGAACAAAGACCCGGUGACUGUCUCGUACCUGGUGGACUGUUUGGAGAAGUCCAUCUCGGGCAGGCGAUCAGAGAAUACAUGCCCAUGCCGCCCACCGGCGACGUGCUGA